CUUGCAAGGCGAAGUCAGGAGAGAGAGAAUCUCGGCAUGCUGGUCUGGUCACCUAAUCAGAAUCUGUCUGAAGCAAAAUUGGACGAAUAUAUUGCCAUUGCUAAAGAGAAGCAUGGAUACAAUAUGGAGCAGGCCCUUGGGAUGCUGUUCUGGCACAAGCACAACAUUGAAAAAUCUUUGGCAGAUCUGCCAAACUUUACUCCGUUCCCAGAUGAGUGGACAGUGGAGGACAAGGUCUUAUUUGAACAGGCCUUCAGCUUCCAUGGGAAAACCUUUCACAGGAUCCAGCAGAUGCUUCCUGACAAAUCAAUAGCCAGCCUGGUGAAAUUUUACUACUCCUGGAAGAAGACAAGGACUAAAACUAGCGUGAUGGACCGUCAUGCUCGUAAACAAAAAAGGGAACGUGAGGAAAGUGAGGAUGAAAUGGAAGAAACGAAUGGAAAUAACCCUAUUGAUAUUGAAGUUGAACAAAACAAGGAGAGCAAAAAGGAGGUGCCGCCCGCUGAAACUCUUCCUCAGGUGAAGAAAGAAAAGCACAGUACGCAGGCCAAGAAUAGAGCAAAGAGGAAACCUCCCAAAGGAAUGUUCCUUUCUCAAGAAGAUGUAGAGGCUGUUUCUGCCAAUGCAACAGCUGCUACGACUGUACUCCGACAACUGGACAUGGAGUUGGUCUCAAUCAAAAGACAGAUUCAGAAUAUCAAACAGACAAACAGUGCUCUCAAAGAAAAGCUUGAAGGUGGGAUAGAACAAUACAGACUACCAGAGGUCGUUCAGAAAUUUAAUGCACGUUGGACCACAGAUGAGCAGCUUCUUGCUGUACAAGCAAUCAGGAAAUAUGGCCGAGACUUUCAGGCAAUCUCUGAUGUGAUCGGAAACAAAUCCGUGGUGCAAGUGAAAAACUUUUUUGUAAAUUACCGACGUCGCUUCAACAUAGAUGAAGUUCUACAGGAGUGGGAGGCCGAGCAUGGCAAAGAGGAGACAAAUGGAACCAAUAGCCAGAAGCCUGUAAAAUCCCCCGAUAAUUCCACUAAAAUGUCAGAAGAGGAAGAUGAGGUAAAUCCAAUUUAAAAGCCACCAAAAGUUCCCAAUCUGAGCUCAGUUCAGAUGUAUAAACUCCUUGCAAAAGCCAUUUUUCACAAUCUUCAAUCAGCCUUUUCUUACUUCUAAAACAAAUAAAAUGAAAGUAUACUUGAGCAUAUUUCACCUCCUCUGGAUAUGCAGAUGCCAGAGUUCAUUUUGGGAAUUCCAGACCUAAAUGAAAGUGGGAAGAGAACACUUAAUUUGCAGCCUCUGAUGUUGUGUAAAUCUCAUCAGCACAUGGACGUUUUCAUGCCUCUUACCGCUGAAACCACACAGAUUUUUGUCUCAGUUGGAUGCUUUCUCUGCACUUGGUUCUCCAAGCUGUUCUAGGUUUGGCUCUGAGAGACCUCAUAGACUUCUGAGGCAAGGCUCCUUCUUUCAUUUGUGAUUAUGGAAUGCUUUUACUUGGGGGAAGGGAAGAAAGCUAUAAACAAGGCAAGUGUAUGGAACUGUUCACUCAGUUUCUUUGAAUUACAGCGGUUUCUAUGAAGGCAGAAAUUCUAGGCACAGCCGUUUCUGCUCUCCUACCUGAAGGAGGUUCACUGAUAAAAUGCUUCUCCAAAGACAACGUGUGUUUAAAAUUAACUAAGAGACUGCAGAGUAUUUAAAUAUGGAAGUUACAAAAAUGUAAUGUUAACACAGCAUUGCAAAAGAAAAGCCCAGACAGAGGUUUGCAUGUGAAAAUAUCUGAUCUUAGGGUUCCGUUUGGCCUAGUUUUAUUAGACAGCUUGGCACAAAAGCCGCCUCUUGUCAAAUGCAAGCACACUCAACAGCAAAAGGUGAAUUUUGGUCUUUAAUGGACUAAAGGUUGUUCUCUGUAAGAUUUCUUCAUGUACUGUUUCUUUUUUCUAAAUUGCCCUGGCUGUGGUUGGUUUAUUUGUGCAUUGCCAUGUUCAGUGACUCAGAGAGUAGGACUUCACAUUUGCUUCGCAAAUCCUAGUAAUAUGUUCUUCAGAGAUACCUGUAUUUGGAGACUAGGUCAAAUGGUAUGAAAAAUGAACAAAACUAAACUCAAACACUUGCGUUCUCGAGGGGUGGGGGGAGGAUUAUGUUGCCCUAUUUUUCCCACACUUGAGAGGUGGAGCAAAGAAGCAAUCACACUAGUGCUUAGCUGCCUAUUUGAAAAACAGAUGGAUAAUGUCACUGGCUUUUCUGGUGGCUCACAGAGUUGUAUCAGUCAUCAAUGCAGACCUCUUCUUCUCUGAGCCCUCAGAGAUUCUUCCUGGCUUCAGAUGAACCCUUUCUCUUGAAAGUUACAGUCAAAGGGAGCCUCACUUUGAGACAGGAAACAAGGGUGGGGGGUAGUAGCAGGAACUGGAGUUUGCUGAUGCAGCCAAGCGCUUGGAUCCUGGUGCAGUGAGGAUCACUGACGUGUUGGCAGAGGAAAAGGGAAGAGGUGGCAGGGAGAGCGGAGGCGUGAGAGUACGAUCGGGGUGAAAUGGCUGGUGGAGCGGAAGUCACGGUCCCCAAACUAGCGAUGAGGAGUGCCCAGGCUGGACCUGAGCAAGUGCUGAGUGGUGGGAAGGGGACCAAGAAGAGAUAGGCCAGUGAGAGUAGCUGCAAAGGCCAGAGAAAAGGCUGGUACUGCAAGAAUAAGGCAGUUUACAGCGCCCUGCGGAACAGUGACAGAUGAGGACCAAGCGAGGCUCGGAGCCUGCCUGCACCACGCUCAGUGUAGCAGACCAACACGGGGAGGAGCCAGGCAGGGUGGCAAUGAGCUGCUGGCUGUGACUUACCAUGUUUGCCUUAUGUUUGCACCGUGUGGCUUGUGGUUCUUGAUGGAGCCUAUUCUGGACAGUAGGAACUGAAGUGGUGUGUGUCAUGGCUGGGAGGAAGAAGGUGCUGGCAGCAUGGAAGAGAUCUUAACUACCGAGCCAUGGCUUUUUAUACAAUUGCAAGAGGAAGGAUGUUGCGUAGUUGAGACCUAAUGGCCAUUGCGCUGCCUGAGCAAAUCAGACAGAAAUGUUGCCUCCUAGAGUGACUGUAGAUGUAUGUUGUGCUCCGGCCUUCAGAGGUAGCUUAAGCAUAGUGCUGUAGGUGGCUGGGUAACUGGUGCCUUCUUGAACGCUUCUGUGGGCUAAGUGACGUGUGAUUGAGUUAGCCCAUACAGGUCAUCUAUGUGAUAGGAGGGGAGUGCUUGGUCCCUCCUGAGCUGUACAGUGCCAUGCAACUGGGGCCUGCUCCUGAGAGCGCUUCUUGCACAGGCUGUUGAAGUUGUGUCAGCUGGGCUCAGUCUCAUGGUAGCCAGGCAAAGGCUUAGCUGGUCUAGUACACAGGCUCCUCAGGUGCUCUUCUCUGGCAGACCUUUAUGUCUGCCUGGCCGCCAGCCUAGUAGAAGCUUUGUCAGCCCUCUGACAGCUUUGGGCUUUCCCCUUCAGCGUAUUUUCAUGGCAAGCGGCCACAGUUCCUUUUUCUGAAGGGGGGGAGGUGAGAUUGCCGAUUACAAAUCGGCCUCAACUCUAGGCUUAGGGAACUCUAGGCAACUCUAGAGAAGCUGCUGUGAUUCCUUACUGUAUGCCAGGGUUGUCUGUCUUGUUGCUUUCAGUACCUUGGAUCUGGGGUGAAGCUUGGAGAUGCAAGAAAGCAUGUGUGUAUUCAUUUUUAAACUAAACAUCUCCUUUUUUUCCCUCCUCCCCCUUCCCUCCAGGCUACUUCUGUUCUUGAUGUCAGAUAUGCAUCUGCUUCGUGAGAAGGUGCUGUAGCCUAGAACAAUUUGUGUUGACUACUGUGUUAUCCAGGAUAUCAGGUAUUAGCAAACCUCAGACAGCCAUCUGCGUCAUAUCUGUGGACAAGCAGCUAUUACCAAAAAAAGGCAAACGCUUCCAGUCCUGUGCUACAUCUGCCUUAAUCUCCCCUCAUUCCUCCAUACUGCCUCCACUUUCUUUCAAAGCUCCCAGGUAGCUCAGCUCUCCAUUUCAUCAACAUCCUGCUUAAGCAUGGGGACUUCUAGAACCAGUAACACCUGUCUGUAAAUUUUGACCAACCUGCAAAACAAGGAGCUCCUUAGCAGCCCCACAGUAACUCCACACGUUAGGAGUUCUUAUAAUACUUGGUCCGUAGGGUAUAAGUACGUAUUGCUGCAUGGCCUUGUGGUCUCCGCUUCCUGUGUAUUCUUACGAUGACACUAUUAUUAGUGAGCUUUCUAUAAAGGAGAGGCCUGUGCACAUGCCAGUGGUGUCAGGUUUGUUCCGAAAUGACAGGGCCAGUUAACAAGCAAUCGUGAAUAAUGCAAAGUGAUAGGAAAUGUUAUUUCUGAGGUUGGGUCAGUCCAAGGUUGUAAAUGUAACUCAUUAUACUUCUGGUUUGUGCAAUUCUUUCCACUGUAUUUGUGUUCUUGCUUCAUAGAAAGCUCCCUAAUUGAGCAUUUUAUUCCUGUAUAUUUUAAUGGCUUUUAUUUAGUGUAAAAGGGAAAACGUAACCUGAAACUGUUUGAUACGCUAUUUAACCCCUGGCAUUCAGCAUUUGCAUUGUAACUUGUUAAAGGAGUACUACACAACUUUCUUUUUCCUGAUCCUCUGCGGGAUUAAGUCAAAACAAACUUUCUCUGGUGCCUCUCCUUUUGGAAUAUGUGCCUUUUUGCAUUUGGCUACCAUAGGUCACUCUCUGUCCCAGUGUCUCAUUCCUCUUCAGAGUGCUGUUUGCCAAAGACAUCAAAUUACUUCUCCCACUGGAAGCCUGGACAAGGGUUGGAACACAAAAUUCAGCCUCAAAGAAGUAGUUUUUGAUCCCUUGGAAGUUUAAAUAGAGGACUGGGUUAAUUUAAUUGGCUAUCUUAACCCUUUUGAAACACACAUCACUUUCGUGUUCUGAACCAAAAUAUGCAAUUUGUAAUCUAAGAGGUGCUUUUCCAAAUACUUGGUGCAUGCAGCUUUCAAAUCCCCAGCCCUCUGCUCAGAUGACCUGUGCUGUGGCCUACCUGGCUGGUUUGAAAUGGAGCUGUUCUUGAAAGUCCUGUAUGUUCAGGCUUUGCACCUUGAACAAGGUAUUUGCUACUGACUGCCAAGCAGACAGUAUUUAGAGAAGCUAGAAGCAGCAGUAUUAUUUUUUGCCCAGUGGAAAGCUGCAAAAUAACACUAGUCACAAAGCAUUUACAAAUGGUUAAUUUAAUGAUGUUGGAAGAAACCAACAGGUGUCUUUGCGGGUGCAGAGAAGG